CAUUAAAUUAUUUAGCAUGAUCAUCAUGGUCACCAUUUUAGCAAACUGUUUUUUUAUGACCAUGAACAACCCGCCGCCGUGGAGCAAAACAGUCGAAUACGUUUUCACUGGUAUUUAUACCUUCGAGGCGUCGAUAAAGGUGUUAUCGCGAGGCUUCUGUGUCGGAAGUUUUACAUUCCUAAGAGACCCAUGGAACUGGCUGGAUUUCAUGGUGAUCAGUAUGGCGUAUCUCACGGAGUUUGUCGACCUUGGCAACGUGUCGGCUCUGAGGACAUUCCGUGUGCUUCGAGCUCUGAAGACCAUCACAGUGAUUCCGGGUUUGAAAACCAUCGUCGGAGCUCUCGUCCAGUCGGUGAAGAAGAUGGGCGACGUGAUGAUUCUGACGGUGUUCGCUCUCGCUGUCUUCGCCCUCAUCGGUCUUCAGCUCUUCAUGGGGAACCUGCGGAACAAGUGCAUACACUGGCCGCUCCCCGGCAACGACACCCUCCUCGACGACUUCAACACCACCCUGGCCUACAACACCACCGUCAAUGACACCAGCACCUUCGAUUUCAAGGCCUACAUUGAAGACCCAGAUAAUCAGUAUUUCUUAGACGGUGCCUUGGACGCCCUCCUCUGUGGUAACAGCUCUGACGCUGGGCGGUGCCCAGAACAUUACGUCUGCAUGAAGGCUGGGAGGAACCCAAACUAUGGCUACACCAGCUACGACUCCUUCGGCUGGGCCUUCCUGGCUCUGUUCAGACUCAUGACCCAGGACUACUGGGAGAACCUCUUCCAGCUGACCCUCAGGGCGGCGGGGAAGACCUACAUGCUCUUUUUCGUGGUGGUCAUCUUUCUGGGCUCCUUCUACCUCAUCAACCUCAUCCUGGCCGUGGUUGCCAUGGCGUACGACGAGCAGAACCAGGCCACCCUGCUUGAGGCCAAAGAGAAGGAGGAGGAGUUCCAGAUGCUUCUAGCACAGCUCCACAACCAAGAGCACGAGAUGCUGGUGAGCAGUCAGAUGACUCUGACUAGCCAGCGGAGUCACAGUCGAGGCACUAACGACACGCGCAGUCUCCAAGACAACGAUGACGUCAUAAAGGACUGCAAUGGGAGAAUAGUUCCACGAUUUGUCAUCAACAGAGUACCUUCAGUAGAGAGAUGCACAGACGAUGAGAAGAGUAGAGAUUCGAAGUCCAUUGAGUCCAAGCACAGCAUGAUGUACCUGGAGGGGCCCGGUAUGAACAAGCGGACAGCCAGCGCAAUGACGGUGCUCACCAACGUCAUGGAAGACCUGGAGGAGGCUCAGAGGCCGUGCCCGCCCGGCUGGUACAAGUUCGCCGACAUCUUUCUGAAGUGGGACUGCUUCCCGCCAUGGGUCGUCUUCAAGAAUUGGGUGAACUUCAUCGUGAUGGACCCCUUCGUGGACCUGGGCAUCACCAUCUGUAUCGUGCUCAACACUCUCUUCAUGGCCAUGGAGCACUACCCCAUGAGCCCCGAGUUUGACCACAUGCUCUCCGUCGGCAACCUGGUGUUCACCGGUAUCUUCACGGCUGAGAUGGUCUUCAAGCUCAUUGCCAUGGACCCCUACUACUACUUCCAGGUGGGCUGGAACGUCUUUGACAGCAUCAUCGUGACCUUCAGCCUCGUGGAGCUGGGUCUGGCCAACGUCCAGGGCCUGUCGGUGCUCCGCUCCUUCCGUUUGAUGCGUGUCUUUAAGCUGGCCAAGUCCUGGCCCACCCUCAACAUGCUCAUCAAGAUCAUCGGCAACUCUGUGGGCGCCCUGGGCAACCUGACCCUGGUCCUGGCCAUCAUCGUCUUCAUCUUCGCCGUGGUGGGCAUGCAGCUGUUCGGCAAGAGCUACAAGGAAUGCGUGUGCAAGAUCGCCCAGGACUGCGAGCUGCCGCGCUGGCACAUGAACGACUUCUUCCACUCCUUCCUCAUCGUGUUCCGCAUCCUGUGCGGGGAGUGGAUCGAGACCAUGUGGGACUGCAUGGAGGUGGCCGGCCAGACCAUGUGUCUCACCGUCUUCAUGAUGGUCAUGGUCAUAGGCAACCUGGUGGUGUUGAAUCUGUUCCUUGCCUUGCUGCUGAGCUCCUUCAGCGGGGACAACCUGUCGGCAGGUGACGACGACGGAGAGAACAACCUCCAGAUCGCCAUCGGCCGCAUCACCCGCGGCGUGGAUUGGCUGAAGGCCUUCCUGGCCGGCCUGGUGAGGCGCUACCUGACGAAGAAGAAGCUGCCCGGGGAGGAGGAGGACGAGGGCGUAGGGGAGGACGGCCUGCCCCUGAAGCACCUGGAAAAGAUGGCGGACGGGAUGCCCGACAGUGACAUACUGAAAGUGCCCAUCGCUAAGGGUGAGUCGGAUAUAGAGGACGAGGAGAGCGACGAGGAGUCCGACGACGACGAGGAGGAUGAUGAUGAUGAUGAUGGGAAGAAGAAAGGGAAGAAGUUGGCAGAUGAUGACUCGUCAGUGUGCAGUACUGUGGACUACAGGCCGCCAGAACCUGAGCCAGAGCCAGAAGAGGAAUCAGAAGCGGAACCGGAAGAACCAGAGGCCUGCUUCACUGAGGACUGUGUGCGUCGCUUCCCAUUUCUGGAUGUGGACAUCACGAAGGGGAAUGGGAAAAAAUGGUGGAACCUCCGCAGGGCCUGUUUCACCGUCGUGGAGCACGACUACUUUGAGACCUUCAUCGUCUUCAUGAUCCUCCUCAGCAGCGGUGCCCUGGCAUUUGAGGACAUUUACCUUGAGCGGCGACGAACGAUCAAAAUCAUUCUGGAGUACGCCGAUAAAGCCUUCACCUACGUCUUCAUCGUGGAGAUGCUGCUGAAGUGGGUGGCGUACGGCUUCAAGACCUACUUCACCAAUGCCUGGUGCUGGCUGGACUUCCUCAUCGUGGAUGUGUCUCUCAUCAGUCUCGGAGCUAACCUCAUGGGCUACGCUGAGCUGGGACCAAUCAAAUCGCUCCGUACACUCAGGGCCCUGAGGCCCCUAAGAGCACUCUCCCGCUUUGAAGGCAUGAGGGUGGUGGUGAACGCGCUAAUGGGCGCCAUCCCGUCCAUCUUCAACGUGCUCCUGGUGUGUCUAAUCUUCUGGCUGAUCUUCAGCAUCAUGGGGGUCAACCUCUUUGCCGGAAAGUUCUACCGCUGCAUAAACACCACCACCGAGGAGCUCUUCCCCAUGGACGUUGUCAACAACAAGAGCGACUGCCUGGCUCUCGCGUACACCAACGAGGCGCGCUGGGUCAACGUCAAGGUCAACUACGACAAUGUGGGCCUCGGGUACCUCUCCUUACUGCAAGUGGCCACCUUCAAGGGCUGGAUGGAAAUUAUGUACGCAGCAGUGGAUUCUCGAGAGGUGGAGGACCAGCCCUCAUACGAGAUCAACAUGUACAUGUAUCUGUACUUCGUCAUCUUCAUCAUCUUCGGCUCCUUCUUCACCCUCAACCUCUUCAUCGGUGUCAUCAUCGACAACUUCAACCAGCAGAAGCAAAAGUUUGGAGGUGACGUCUUCAUGACAGAGGAACAGAAGAAGUACCACGAGGCCAUGAAGAAACUGGGCUCCAAGAAGCCUGUCAAACCCAUCCCUAGACCGUCUAACGAGAUCCAGGGCGUGGUCUAUGACCUCAUCACCAAGCAGUUCUUCGACAUCUUCAUCAUGAUCCUCAUCUGCCUCAACAUGGUGACCAUGAUGGUGGAGACUGACGACCAGAGCCCGGAGAAGGAGGAGGUGCUCUACCAGAUCAACCUGGCCUUCAUCGUGGUCUUCACUGGAGAGACCACGCUCAAGCUGUUCGCCCUCAGACACUACUUCUUCACCAUCGGCUGGAACGUGUUUGACUUCGUCGUCGUCAUUCUCUCAGUCGCUGGCCUCGCGUUGUCGGACAUCAUUGAGAAGUACUUUGUGUCGCCCACCCUGUUCCGUGUCAUCCGAUUGGCCAGAAUCGGGCGAGUGUUACGUCUGAUCAGAGGUGCCAAAGGCAUCAGGACGCUGUUGUUUGCUCUGAUGAUGUCACUUCCUGCGCUCUUCAACAUCGGCUUGCUGCUCUUCCUCAUCAUGUUCAUCUUUUCCAUCUUCGGCAUGUCCAACUUCGCCUACAUUAAGAAGCAGGCCGGCAUCGACGACAUGUUCAGCUUUGAGACGUUCGGCAGCAGCAUCGUCUGCCUCUUCGAGAUCACCACCUCGGCUGGCUGGGACGGUCUCUUGCUCCCGAUCCUGAACAGCGGCCCGCCAGACUGCGACCCGGACGUGGAGAACCCCGGGUCGGACGUGCGGGGCAACUGCGGCAACCCCGGCAUGGGCAUUAUGUUCUUCUGCAGCUACAUCAUCAUGUCCUUCCUGGUGGUGGUCAACAUGUACAUCGCCAUCAUCCUGGAGAACUUCAACACGGCGCAGGAGGAGAGCGGAGACGCGCUCUGUGAGGACGACUUCGAGAUGUUCUACGAGACGUGGGAGAAGUUCGACCCCGAGGCCACGCAGUUCCUGCCUUACGAGCGCCUCUCCGAGUUCUGCCACAUGCUGCUUCCUCCCUUCCGCAUCGCCAAGCCCAACCGGCUGCGCCUCAUCGCCAUGGACCUGCCCAUCUGCACCGGCGACAAGAUCCACUGCCUGGACAUCCUGCUGGCGGUGACCCAGGAGGUGCUGGGCGACACCAUCGAGAUGGCGGCCAUGCGAGAGAGCAUCCAGCUUAAGUUCGUCAUGAACAACCCCACCUCGGCCUCCUUCGAGCCCAUCACCACCACGGUGCGGCGCAAGCAGGAGGAGGAGGCCGUCGUGGUGCUGCAGCGGGCAUACCGGGCGUACCUGUUCCGCCGCGGCGCCCGGCACGCCGCCCACCUGCACCGGCACCGCGGACAGGUGCGGCCCGCCCAGGAUGACAACCAGCCGCCCGAGCUGGAGGGCCUCAUCGCCCGCAAGAUGAACGCCUUUUACGGCAGCAACCCCGAACUGGCCAUGGCCUUGGAGGUGAAAUCCAGACCCCAGCCAGCCAAUGCCGUCGUCGUCGCCGCCGCCGAGCCGGUUCCCCCGACGCUGCAGCAGGCAGAGCUGCAACCCCCCACCUCCGCGCGGCUGCACCCCCAUCCCCAGGUCCACGCCACCUACCCCCGGCCACCUGUGGGCCACCACAUGGUGGUGCCCGUGGAGGUGACCAAUGAGGUGGUUCUGCACUCGGCGCCAGUGGAGGUGACCAGUGAGGUGGUGCUGCGCUCGGCCCGGUCUCCCCUCUCCAGCGAGGAGCUGGCAGCGCUACGGGAGUCGGUGGUAUAACCACUGGUGGGUUGAGGGUAAGGAUUCUGGGAUGGCAACCCUCGUCGUGGAAAUAAGCGAGGGAGUGUUCGCUCUCACAUACACACACACACACACACACACACA